AAUGAAAAUGGCUGCCAUGGGUUUCUUAACCGGUGACGGCGAAAGAAAACAAGCGGGAGAGGAUGCAGAGAGCUCAGAGAGGAGUGGCAAUGAAGAGGAAAAUGAGGACCUGUCAGGUGAAGAGGAGGAAGAAGGAAGUGCCGGGAAGGUCGAAGCCGGUUCGUUGAAGCUCCGCGUCGCCGUGAGCUCGGCCAAGACCAAGAAGAAGAAACACAAGCACCGCAGCAAACACAAGCGACAGAAGCACGUCUCCCCAGAGGACAAGGAGCGGCGCCACGGGCACCGGCACAAGCACAAGAGGCACAAGCGUAAAGACAACCCCUCGACCGAUGUCUUCUCAAACUGUGGGGAUGACGACGCUUCCCUGUACUACUUUGCCAAGCAGCCAAGACUGGAAGAUGAUGAGAUGGCACUUCUGGAGGAGCUGGAGAAACAGAGGGCCCUGAUACAAGCCGAGCUAGACGGUGAACUGACUGAGGGGGGCAGGGGGGUACAGUCGGACAUGGGGCUCAUACUCCAGGGCUACCACUCUGAAGAGGAGGAGGAUGGGGAGAUUCAGGUGGAGAGGGAGCGCAAUGGGCAGCACUGGUGUAUAGGGGCAACAGGUCCCGGGUCCGGCUCAGGCUCACAGACCGCUAAGGACACCUGUAGAGGACGACGAGAGUCGACGGAUGCCGGAAAAGCUAAGCAGAUCAAUCCCAAUAAAAAUGCCAGGAAGAGCAGGACAGACGGGAAGACCAAGGAUCGGAUGAGAGGACGGAGCACGUCCAGGGAUAGAGACAGCAGAAGACAUUCCAGGAGUUCAGAGUGCUUUAGGUCUCCUCCUGGCACUAGCAAGCAGCCUUCCCCACCGGCUCAGAGCAGAGGAACCCAAAACCAGGAGCCCAGCGGCAGCAACCACAAGUCACCCGAGCACUGCAAGGCUAGGUGGCCAGAAAGGGAAUGGGACAAGGACAAGAAGGCAACCAAGUCCCCCGCCAAGGAUGCUUCCUCUGGGAAGGAGAACCGCUCUCCAGGCCUGCGAGGGAGGCUGCCAGGCCCCGCCCUCCAGCUGCAGCGCAGCACGUCCCCAUCACAAUGUCAGAACUCCCUGGACUCAUCCUCAGGCCCCCAGGCAGCUGAGCGAAGGGCCAUGUCACCGUCACCACCCAGAGGGGGCCACCCACGCUCCCCGGAGAGUCGAAGGAGAGUGAUGGACCGAGUGAGACUUCCACCUGGCAGGAUGUGGAGCCAGGAAGAGGCAGGGGUCCGUAUGGACGCCAGCCCGGCCCUAGGCGCCCGGCGAAGGUUCAGCCGCUCACCUUUCAGGCGGAGAUCGCGCUCUCCCAGGAGAUGCAGCAGGUCACCAUUCAGGAGGAGGUCGUUGGAUCGGUUGGGACGGAGGCUGCGGUGGCGUUCCAGAUCCCAGGAGAGGAGAUGGAGCCGGGACAGAGAGGACAAGUUCAAGGGCAGCCUCUCGGAGGGAAUGAGGGCCGACAAGGAGGACUCUGAAGAUGAAGUGCUGGAAGAUUACGAUGUGGAUGAGGAGGACGAGGAGGCUCUCAUUGAACAGAGGAGGCUACAGCGCCUGGCCAUUGUCCAGAAGUACAAGGGAGGGAACGAGGGUAGUAACAUGUCGGCACCAUCGGAGCCCGGCAGCCCCCAGAGCAGCCCGCGCAGCCGCUCACCGUCGCCAGACGACAUUUUGGAGCGCGUGGCGGCCGACGUCAAAGAGUAUGAGCGGGAAAACGUGGACACCUUCGAAGAGAACAUCAAGGCCAAGCACAACCUCAUCGAACAGGAGAAAGACGAAGGAACCAACCCAAAAAAAACAUCCGCCCCUGAUAUGUUCACCGAAUCAGAUGACAUGUUCGCCGCCUACGAUAGUGCAAGGCUUCGAGCAGCAGGCAUCGGGAAGGACUUUAAGGAGAACCCCAAUCUCCGAGACAACUGGACAGACGCAGAGGGAUACUACCGACUCAAUAUCGGGGAGAUACUGGACAAGCGGUACAGCGUGUACGGCUACACGGGCCAGGGGGUGUUCAGCAACGUCAUCCGCGCCCGAGACGUGGCCCGCGCCAGCCGUGAGGUGGCCAUCAAGAUCAUUCGGAACAACGAGCUCAUGCAGAAGACUGGGCUGAAGGAGCUGCAGUUCCUUAAGAAGCUCAACAAUGCUGAUCCGGACGACAAGUUCCACUGUCUGCGGCUCUACCGACACUUCUACCACAAGCAGCACCUCUGUCUGGUCUUCGAGCCUCUCAGUAUGAACCUGCGCGAGGUACUGAAGAAGUAUGGCAAAGACGUGGGCCUCCACAUCAAGGCGGUGCGCUCUUACAGCCAGCAGCUCUUUCUGGCCCUGAAGCUGCUGAAACGCUGCAACAUCCUGCACGCCGAUAUCAAACCUGACAACAUCCUGGUCAACGAGUCGAAAACCAUCCUCAAGCUCUGUGACUUUGGUUCAGCGUCGCACGUGGCAGAGAAUGACAUCACGCCCUACUUGGUCAGCCGGUUCUACAGGGCGCCGGAGAUUAUCAUCGGGAAGCCUUACGACUAUGCGAUCGACAUGUGGUCCGUUGGCUGCACUCUGUAUGAGCUGUACACGGGCAAGAUACUUUUCCCAGGGAAAACCAACAACCACAUGAUUAAGCUCGCCAUGGACAUCAAGGGCAAGAUGCCCAACAAGAUGAUCAGGAAAGGCGUGUUCAAGGACCAGCACUUUGACCAGAACCUCAACUUCCUGUACACAGAAGUAGACAAAGUCACUGAAAGGGAGAAGGUGACAGUGAUGAGCACCAUCAACCCCACCAAGGAGCUGCUGGCUGACAUGGUGGGCUGCCAGCGUCUCCCUGAGGACCAGCGCAAGAAGGUUGCCCAGCUCAAGGACCUGCUGGACCUGACCCUUAUGCUGGACCCGGCCAAGAGGAUCAGCAUCAACCAGGCCCUGCAGCACCCCUACAUCCAGGAGAAGAUCUUCUGAGCAUCUCUUACUGUACCACUCAGUCAUGCAUUGAUUGAUUGACACAUGCAGAAGCUAUUACUGAGUCCCUAGUUUGACUAUGGUUGGACCCCACCCCAGCCCAAGAAAUUGAUUUAUUUGAGCUGGCAGACUCUGCUGAUGGAGAGGAAGUAGUAUUAUCUUUCUUCCCCUGUUUGAACAACACACACAUGCUCUCCCGUUUUACAUUGAUCUAAUGGCUUGUAUUAUAUAACCAUAGUAGGGGUGUGAACGUUUUAAAUGUUUAAUCGAAAUUGAAUCCUUAACGUUAAGGAAAAAACUGAAACUGUUGUUUUUUUUCUUCUACAAAAUGUAAAUCCCAGUGCAGUUAUCACAAAACGACCACUAACAGGUCCUGAUCAUCAUGAAGGGAAUAGGCCUACCUAACACAACAAUGCUGUAGCGUUAGUAAGAGGGGAUAUGCAUCCGCACGUCGUCGUUAACAGUUUGAAAAAAAGUGCAGAUUACAGUUGGUAUGCAUCUGUUUUCAAUGGACUAUUUGAGUCGUGAGGUAAUUUGUUAAAUGAAGAACUGCAAACGCCAUUUGAGCCUCGACUCACGCUACUGAAACGGGUGCGUCUUUCUCAUAAAUUUUACAGUUUACUCCCAUUUCAACAGGGUGUUAAUUCCUUUUGUAAUGGGAGUUGAGACAUAUAGCUAACAGCAUUAGAAAGCAAAAAUGAUUCCCUUUUUUAACCAGUAAAUACCUGUAUUUAGCGCGAUUUCUUUUGCCCUGUGUUUGAUUUGUGCGCUUAAACUUGGUGGGCAGGCUUUUGUUAAUCAUGAAAUAAAGUAGGCCCCUAGACUAUUGAAUACACAAUUUGCCUUCAUCAAAAUGUUUUUGUUUCCUAUUUUAUUGUGGAACCUGCCUAGAUUUAGGAGGGGUUGUAACCUAUUCUAAAUGGCACACUAUAGCAGUUCACAAAAAAUCCUAAAAUAGCACUGCAGUUAUUCCAAAUUUGCAGCGCGUGGCUGGAACACAUUUCCCUACGUUAAUCAACCAGUUCAUUUUGAAUUUGUGAUAAAGCUGUCGUGAUUCGGCAAGGAAUGUAGCUUGUCUACAGUUUCGUUUGUGUAUCCCAUCAGUUUGAUACGUUUUUAUAGGCAUUAAUACUAUGAAAUUGUGAAAAUGAUGAUAAUGCCCUUUUAGUGUAAGAGCUGUUUGAGAAGACAGCCUGAAAUUUCAGCCUGUUUUGGUGGGAUGAAGUUUUGGCCUGCCUGGUGACAUCACUGGGCGGGAAAAUAGUUAAGACCAAUGAGAAAGAGUUCCAAACCUCGCUUUCAAUAACGGCUAGUUUUCAGUUUUCCCUUCCCCAUUAAGACCACUCCCAGACAGCCCUAGCAAAAUUCUUGCUUG